AAAUAGCUAAGUCUCCAUUUUGUCGGUAGCCUCAAAAUGGUUGAAAAUAUGAUCGGGCGGCAGACGCAGGUUUAUAAAUUGUGAUUUUCUUUGCAAGCUGUUUACGUUUUUAUAUGUAUUCAUACUGAAAGCUAGCCUCGACGUUUAAAUGGCCCGCGGUAGGCCGCGACAGCGAAACUAUGGAUAUUAAAACUGCUGUUUUUAAUGCUGCCAGGGAUGGGAAACUGAAACUUAUCCAGAAGUUGCUGAGCAACAAAACUCCGGAGGAGUUGGAAGCUCUCGCUUUGGAGCAGACCCAAGGGGGCACGCCGCUGUUAAUAGCCUCCAGGUAUGGGCACCUGGAAGUGGUGGAGUAUUUUCUGGAACACUGCAGGGCAAAUGUGGAGCUGGGAGGCUCGGUGAACUUCGACGGGGAGACCAUCGAGGGUGCGCCUCCACUUUGGGCAGCCUCUGCGGCGGGACACCUGCAGGUGGUGAGGAGCUUGCUGAAGCAUGGUGCCUCUGUCAACAGCACCACGUUCACUAACUCCACCCCACUGCGAGCUGCGUGCUUUGAUGGCCAUCUGGAGAUUGUCAGGUACCUCAUAGAGCACAAGGCCGAUAUGGAGGUAGCGAACCGGCAUGGGCACACCUGCCUGAUGAUCUCUUGCUACAAAGGGCACAAGGAAAUUGCCAAAUAUCUACUGGAGAAGGGGGCUGACGUUAACCGUAAAAGUGUGAAGGGCAACACAGCCUUGCACGAUUGUGCCGAGUCGGGCAGUCUGGAGAUCAUGAAGAUGCUGCUUAAAUGCAGUGCUAAAAUGGAAAAGGAUGGCUAUGGUAUGACGCCGCUUUUGGCUGCCAGUGUUACUGGCCACACCAACAUUGUUGAGUAUUUGAUCCACCAGCCCCAUACUUCCAAAGAGGAGCGAAUUGAUUCUUUGGAGCUUCUGGGGGCUACCUUUGUGGAUAAAAAGAGAGACUUGUUGGGGGCUAUGAAAUACUGGAAGAGGGCGAUGGAGAUGAGACACAGCGACAAAUGCAGCAUCGUUCAGAAGCCUGAACCCGGACAGCUGGUGCCAGCGUACGAUUACACCAAGGAAGUGACAAACAGUGACGAGCUGGAGGCCUUGAUCACAGAUCCAGAUGAGAUGCGUAUGCAGGCCUUGUUAAUCCGGGAACGUAUCCUGGGGCCUUCACAUCCUGACACCUCUUACUAUAUCCGUUACCGGGGGGCUGUCUACGCCGACUCUGGCAAUUUUGAACGCUGCAUCAGCUUGUGGAAGUAUGCCCUGGAUAUGCAGCAGAACAACCUGGACCCGCUCAGCCCCAUGACCACGAGCAGCUUUCUCUCUUUUGCUGAGCUCUUCUCCUUUGUCCUCCAGGACCGAACUAAAGGGACGCUUGCCACUAAAGUGACGUUCAGCGAUUUGAUGGGCAUCCUCCGGAAAAGUGUGCGAGAGGUGGAGCGGGCCAUCACUCAGCCAGAGAACCCUCCGGAUGUACCCCAGUUCACCAAAGCCCUUUCCAUAAUCCUGCACUUGAUCUUUCUCUUAGAGAAGGUGGAAUGUACCCCAGAACAAGAACAUCAGAAAAAACAGACGAUCUACCAGCUCCUGAAGCUGAACCCACGGGGAAAGAACGGCUACACCCCGCUACACAUGGCCGUGGACAAAGACACGACUACCGUGGGACGCUACCCUGUAGGCAAGUUCCCUUCGCUGCAAGUGGCACUGCUCCUCCAUGAGUGCGGUGCCGACGUGGACUCUCGGGAUUACGAUAACAACACCCCUUUGCACGUGUCUGCCAUGAACGGCAGCCUGGAUAUUAUGAGGAUGCUUAUCGAAUAUGGGGCCCACUUUGAUGCCACCAACUCCCUUCGUAAGACAGCCAGUGACCUGCUGGAUGAAAAAGCCACCGCAAGGAACUUGAUGCACCCGUUGAACCACAUCACACUUCAGUGCCUCGCUGCCAGAGCCAUUGAGAAACAUAAACUGCCCUACAAAGGAUUGAUCCCAGAAGAGAUGGAGGCCUUCAUAGAACUGCAUUAACUAAACACAGACAGACUCACCCUUGGCUUUCCCGCUGCAUUGUUAGAACCUGAAAAAGAAAUAGCGCCUAACUGAAAAGAAACCAGUAACUUAUUAAUUAUGCCCACG